AUGAGUGUACAUCGAGCAAACACGAUUGUUCCUCUGACAGCGACUGUGUUAAUGUCGUGGGUUCAUAUCAGUGCUCUUGCAAGCCUGGAUUUACUGGCGAUGGUAAAAUUUGCCAAGGUAACAUUUAUUUUAUAUAAAAGUGCAAAGCUGUUGUUUACCCUCUUCACCGCUCUUGCAAGACAGAAAUAACUGAUGUGAUUCGCAGGGUCAAUUGUCCUUAAAAUUACUGCUAAAAAAGGGGUUUACAUGUUAACGUAACAGAAAAGGCUGCCUCCACAUCAUAAUCAGUAAAAUUGCUUUUUAACCAUAUUUAAAAUAUACAGAACGAUUCCGAACUUCUGGCAAACCUGUGAAUUCACGACCUCAGCAUGUUACACUUUUCAGUAGAUUCUGGGAAACGCCAAAAAAACAACCCCACCUCUUCUGAUAAUUUCCCUACAUCUUGAUUAGUCUCAUUUUCCAUUUCUACUUAGAUAUCGAUGAGUGUAACGAUGCAAGCCAUGACUGUCACUUUGCGGCCGAUUGUACAAACACCGCUGGAUCAUUCGACUGCAGCUGUCAGUCUGGACACCUUGGAGAUGGACGGCACUUUUGCUCAGGUAUAUCUUGAUCUUUCACCCAAAACAAACAAAUGUGAGUGAGUAGAGUGGUUUGAACAUAACCACAGUUAUUUCUUUAAUUACUUUCCUCAAAUACAUCAAUUUAUUUUGCGUUACCGUUUCUAAGACACGAAAACCUAAGGCUUUCUUUGAAACCUGACAAACUUUUUAACAGAUAACUGGAAAAAGGUCAACCUCGAUCCUGUCUGUUUUGGGACAAAAGAUGACGACCACGGAAUUUUUCGUAUCCAAGAAGCCGGUCAAAUCUACACAUUUAAACUUGUCCAUACAAGUGGCGCCGUGACAUGCGACACUUCAACAACAUCAACAAAGUGGGGAUGCUCAUUUCCAACUUACGAAAAUCACAACUUAAUGACGAUGAUAACUUGCAGCAACAAAACAGUUCUUCCGCUUGCUGAGUUCUUGAAAGGCAGCGACCGUAAAUACUACACUUACCAACUUGACGGUGCCGAUGUCAACUCCACAACACUAGUGUUCAAGCUCCUCCCCACCCCACUGGUUGUAUUGGUUGGUCAGCAGUUCCAAUUAUGGUAUGCGCAUGACUUGGUUAAUUAUACUGAGUAUAAUAACGAUGGUAAGACAUGCGCAGACGUUUAUGCUCUGUACCAUUGACACGGUUAAACGGUUGCGGCAACUACAGAUGACUUUGGUCGUACGUCUGCACUUUUCUGAAUCACAGCCGGCAAACAAUCAGAGAGCAGGUGGUAUUUAGUUCAUAAAAAGGCACGGUAGAUGUGAUAUGGCUUCAAUCACCAGGUCCUUAAUGAAUGGUCCGUUCAGUUGGUACGAUAAGUAAGCUGAUUGGUUACCGGGACCCUAUAUUAACAAAUUCAGCAGGCUUCGACAUCGAUAUGGAAACGUAGUAGAUAAUUUCAUGUAGUAAUGCAAGUUUGUAAUGACGAAAAGAAAAAGCAGAAAAAAAAAGCAAUACUAAGAGUCGAGAUUUGCCAUGCCUCCUUAGCUUUUCACCAGCUUACAUUCAACGCACGCCUACUGCAUCAUUGUUAAAUAUUUCACAACAGUUAUUUUCCCUGCGGCUGAUGCUUAUGAAUUUGCUUUCUUUCAAUGAAAAUGAAUUGAAAAUAAACUUUAGCGCCCCAGAGCUCAUAAAAACUUCAAUAAAUGACAAUCUCUUUUAUCAGCUCUUCUUUAAGAUAGCUUAAAUUUAAAACUGUCGAGUUUCAUUUUAUGACGUGUUUCUGUUUUUCAUCAUCUUUACAGUGGAUUUGGGUCCAGAAAUCGCAUUUUGAAUAGCUUGUAUUUAAUUUUAUCUUCAGUAAAUAAACAACUGAACUUACGGAAAUUUUGAUUGGCAGUAAGAGGUGAUUGGGGUACCCCGUUGGUUUAAACAGUUAAGACAAGUGUCCUACGGUAGCUGCAAUAUGCGUUUGUUGCGUCUUAAAGAUACGUGACGGAAUGGCGGUACGUUUGUGACAGAAAAGAUUAUUAAACCGUUUAACCAUCCUACAAAAAUUAGCCCUGAAUAAUUUCGCUAACCAAAGACACUGCUUUUUUUUGUGGGCGGCUGGCACAUUUAAUUUCAGCUUUAAAACAGUGUCGACGGGGUGUCCUUGUAAUAUAUUGCCAAUACAAUUGUUUCCUUUUCUUUUGUGGUAUUUUUUUUUUCGCUUUUUACGAGGCAGGAAAUCAGCCUCUUUCAUGACACCAAGGCAAUAUAUUUGAGUUAAGAUGAGAAAAAAAAAUGAGUGCUCUUGAGGUAAACAAACGUCAGGUGCAAACUUGAGCCUUGUGAGUGUAUCACCAACCUAAUCUACAUUGAGAAUUUUCUAUGUGAUUGACAUCAAGUGGAUUCACUUUAAUUAUAUUCAAUUUUACCCUCCUUCUUAUUUGAAUUUGGUUAUUUAGAGGCAAAGGUGUUCAAGUUUGGGUUUAUCACUUGAAAUAUUUUAGCUUAAAAAAGCGUUGAUGGUCUUUUCAAUUUUCAUUUCCACAAAAUUAAAUCUAUCGCUGUUCAGUAUGUUCUCUGUUUCAAGUAUUUCCUUAAGGUUUCAUCUUAUCGUUGAAGAAUUCUUUUUUAAUUAAUUAUCACUUGAAAUAUUUUAGCUUAUAAAAGUGUUGAUGGUCUUUUCAAUUUUCAUUUCCACAAAAAUAAAUCUAUCACUGUUCAGCAUGUUCUCUGUUUGAAGUAUUUCCUUAAAAUUAAAAUAAAUGUGCAUGCUUUCUCGCACGUCUUUGUCGUGGAGCUUUUUGAAGCGGUCCAACCUUUUUUUAUUUUGAUCCUUCAAUGAAUUAAUCUGCAGUUGAACGCGCUCGACAGAUUUUCAACUUCAUUUAACGCAUACAUCAAAGUGGUAACACUGAAAAACGUCUUGCGUUAGGCAAUCUUCGGCAAGCUGUUAAUUAGUUAUUUACAAAGGCAAACAUCACGCAUUUAAGUUUUUUUUUUCUCCUACAGUUUUUCUGUAAUUCUUAAGACUCGAUGUUUUGUUUUCAAUUUAAGUUAAGCCAUGUGAUUAUUCAAGUGACGUAUUCGCAAAUGUUAAAAAAUAAAAUCCUAUAACUGCGAAGCGUGCUGGUCUCACAUCUGCCGCUUACAUUAAUAAUCAUUUUCCUCUUUUAUGAUUCUGCAAUUCGCUGUAUUGUUUUGAGUGUUGAAAUAUUAGGUCUCGUUGCAUUUACAAGAGAGACCAGCGUUUCAUUUAGCUCGCUAUAGCUAGCUGAAGGGUGUUCUCACUAACGACAAUAUGAUACUGUUCUCACCAGCCGUUGGUGAUCCUUCAAUGAGUAAGGUCCUAACUUUAAUAUGGAUUUUUCGUUUUGGUGUACUGGUGUAUGGAGGUAAGUGACUCCUGCCAAAAGCUGGCAUCGCCUACACUUUAAUCUAUUAUAACUGUUUUAUUCCUGAUCAGAUUCAUAUCCUUGUGUUAUGGUACAAAAAAAAGAAGAAAGUAAGUGUGUGAAAAGAGAAAACUCAUUAAGUUAACUUUAAAUCUAUUCCGAGUGAUAAUGUGAAAUUUCGAAUUCUCAAAGUAAAAAUGGCAGAAAUGGGAUAUUGCACGAUAGCAGUUAUUGCAAAACUACCCUGUUUACAAUGCCGUGAUCUUAGUUGGGCGUAAAGGAAACGUGGACGUGGAGAGAAGAUCUUUUGGUAAAAUUAUUGCGGAUUCAAGUCGACAUUUGUCCAAACAUGAUCUGUUAACAAUUUUUGGGUUGCUGAUGUCCGAUUAUUAUGAAAUGAAAACUGAAACGGAAAAACACAUUGAUGAGGACCUUGAAAGCUAAAGGAGUAAUAGUAUAGAUUUGCUAUCGUGAAGAAUUUCUAAAGCUGACGUUUCAGAGCGAAGCGCUAAAGGUUAUUGAGUUCUACCCCCAUCGAGGCAGCGUCACAGUUUCCUUAGAAACCUACCCCCUCAUUUGAAAACCAGAUCCUAUUUAGAAUCAUAAUGGUGAACAUCAAUCCUAUUCUUCAAUGUAAUUGGUAAAUAAAAAAAUGAUUGUCCGAAAAAGCAACUUUUCUGGUAAGAUGAAUAUGAUGCCUUGAAUUCAAGUUUGCAGGCUAUUUAGCUAAGUCACUCACCUAACGAAAAGAGAGGAAAGGUUUAUCACCUGCCUUUCCAAAUAUUCGUGGCUUUUUUUUUUUCGUCGAGCGGCAAAUCAAGAGUUAAUUAUAUAGUUUCCCUGGCAUUUAUGGAAAAACUUUCAACAAAUAUUGCGAUAAAACUUAGGUUGUCGGCUUCCUUUAAGUUUGUGUGCUGUUUGAUUUCAUUUCUAAUUGGCUUCUUCAUUGGCUUAUUUAUUUCUUGCCAAACCCUUAGAUGAUUGCCGAGUGAUUCAGUUCAAAGCAAGAACGAAAAACAAGAUCCUAACAAAACACGUCAUAAGAAGUGAACAAGCAAAGGACAAGGAUAUCUGCGAGUUCAAAUGCUACUUUGAACCAAACUGUGUGUCCUAUAACUAUGGUCCGCUGGGAGAUGGAACAUUCACAUGCGAGCUAAGUAACAGAACUCAAUUGCAAGUCUCUCCCAGUUACUUCGAAUAUAGGAACGACUUUUUAUACAGAGCAAUCAUUGUAAGUAAAUAACAAUAUCAGUUUUACCAGGGUGAUCGUUCCGCGAACGAGAAACCUCUGUUUCAAGUUGAUCCUCCUCGUUUAUUUGUUUACCUCUUUAUUAUUUAUCUCUCUAAAUACUCAGUCUAUUUAUUUACUCAUCUAAGCUUUAUCUAUCUAAUUACUUGAUUUAUCUUUUGCAUUUUAGAAUUCCUGUGAGAGCAAUCCGUGUGUUAGUCACUCUACUUGUCAAGCGGGGUUUGGUAGUCAUGGUUACCGCUAUAUUUGUUCUGACGGAUAUGAAGGAGAGCUUUGCCAAAGAGAAGAGAAAGGAAACUCCUCGUCACGGCAGGUCUUCAUCUCCCAGGUUCAUAGUUAAAGUUACACAAUAAAGCUGCAAAUAAAGUAGCCUCUCAGCAAGGAGAGUUUUGAAUCCUCAUCUGUUUAAUCAAUACAGCCUUAAUAUCUGCAUUAAAGGAUAUCUCCGUCACAGGGUAAGGGGCAAGUUAGAUUUGUUCUGUAUGUGCUUCCUUAAAUGCUAGAGGUUGUUAGAAGGAUUGAAACCCCAAGGUUGAGACAACUGUAGACGUCGUUAUGAGAUGUUCUUCUGCAGCAUUAACCGAGAGGUGAUAUUAAAGUAUUGCUGUCGUGAUGUGAUAAAUCCUAGAUAAUGGAGAUUACAGAAAAACGAGAAAGAAAGAGAAUAUCAGAAUAAGAAAGGGUGAUACGAAGGGAAAACUGCCUUCAUGUUGUCAACUAUGGAUAUUUGAUGCAAGGGCAAGAACAGAAAUGAAACGAAUAAAAGUAUAAGUUUCGUGCUGAAAGCAAAUAGUUCAGUGGAAUUUUGGAAUAACUGACAGAAAUAAUUGAUUAAUACCAUGGAGAUGAACUUUAGAUGAAAAAUAUCUAUUUCAAAAUAAGGAAUAUGUUUUUUUUCAUCUUCCUUUAAUCUUGAAUAGAUAUUGACGAAUGUGUCUAAGGCAAGGUGAAGUGUUCCUCUGAUGGCAGUUGUGUUAAUGUUAUGGGCUCAUACGUCUAACUUCUCCGUCUCUUGUAACUCGUGUGUAGAUACUGAUGAGUGUACAUCAAGCAAACACGAUUGUUCCUCUGACGGCGACUGUGUUAAUGUCGUGGGUUCAUAUCAGUGCUUUUGCGAAUCUGGAUUUACUGGCGAUGGUAAAAUUUGCCAAGGUAACAUUUAUUUUAUAUAAAAGUGCAAAGCUAUCGAUUACUCUCUUCAUCAGUCUUGUAAGACAGAAAUAACUGAUGCAAUUCGCAGGGUCAAUUGUUCUUAAAAUUACUGCUAAAAAAUGGUAAUUAUAAGUCUUUACAUGUUUAUGUAUCUGAGAAGACUGCCUCCACAUCAUAGUCAGCAAAAUUGCACACAGAAUGAUGCCGAACUUCUGGCAAACCUGUGAAUCCGCGACCUCAACACAUUACACUUUUCAGUAGAUUCUGGGAAACGCCAAAAAAACAACCCCACCUCUUCUGAUAAUUUCCCUACACCUUGAUUAGUCUCAUAUUCCAUUUCUACUUAGAUAUAGAUGAGUGUAACGAUGGAAGCCAUGUCUGUCACUUUGCGGCCGAUUGUACAAACACCGCUGGAUCAUUCGACUGCAGCUGUCAGUCUGGACACCUUGGAGAUGGACGGCACUUUUGCUCAGGUAUAUCUUGAUCUUUAACCCAAAACACAAACAAAUGUGAGUGAAUAGUGUGGUUUGAACAUAACCACAGUUAUUCUUUAAUUACUUUCCUCAAAUAAAUCAAUUUAUUUGCGUUACCAUUUCCAAGACACGAAAACCUGAGGCUUUAUUUGAAACCUGGAAAACUUUUUAACAGAUAACUGGGAAAAGGUCAACAUCGAUCCUGUCUGUUUUGGGACAAAAAAUGACGACCACGGAACUUUUGAUAUCCGAGAAGCCGGUCAAGUCUACACUUUCAAACUCGUACAUACAAGUGGCUCCGUUACAUGCGACACUAAUCGCUCACCGACCAAAUGGGGAUGCUUACGACCAGAAUACGGAAAUUAUAACCUGAUGACAGUGAUAACAUACAGCAACAAAACUGUUCUUCCACUUGCUGAGUUCGUGAAAAGUAACGCCGAAAACAAACUGUAUACUUACCAACUUGAUGGUGCUGAUGUCAACUCUCCCACGCUUGUGUUUAAUUUUCUCCCCAUGCCCUUGGUUGUAUCUGUUGGCCAACAGUUCCAAAUUUGGUAUGCGCAUGACCUGGUUGGUUCUACCGAGUAUAAUAACGAUGGUGAGACAUGUGCGGACGUUUAUGCUUUGUACUCUUUAAACUGA